AUGAGUUUUAAUAUCGGAAAAAAAUUUUCAAAAAAAUUCCUUAAAAAUAUAGAAAAAUCUCAUCGUUCGGUGACUAACGAAGAAGACAUAUACUUUACAUAUUCUUCACCAAAUACAGUUAAAAAUAUGUCUAACAGUAAACCCAAUAAUAACACUGUAACCAGUAUCGAUAAAGUAUCUACGGACUGUCCUAUGGAAGAAGUAAUAGCUACCUCUUCAACUCAUGACCUUUCUCACAGCGAAAUUGAACUCACAUCACGUGACUCAAUAAAAAAUGAUACUCACAAGCAAACACCAAUCAAAGAUAAAUUGACUAAUAUGGAAGAAGAUCCCUCAGAACCUAACCCAGAUAAAGGAAAAUCACCGGAAUCACAAACAGCCACACAAACAAACUUGCCAAAUGCGAUUCCAAUGACCGUGCUAACUGAUAUUUUUACACAAACAUCACAAGCUUCUAACAAAGCACACAAAGGAUUUAUUCCCAGAGAUAGUUUUAAACCUGAACUCUCUAACAACGAAAUCAUUAACUUACUAAAAACGGCAUUUAUCCGUGACAGUAACGCCUUUAAAUUUGAAUCUAAUACAACUUCCACAUACAAAUAUUUCACUAUAUACUUUAGAACACGUGACUCGCUUAACUACUACAUAGAAAAGAGUCCCAACAACCUUAAACAAGUUAAAAUAUACGAAUUAACCAAUGAAGCUAUCAACACAUUACUGGAUAAAAAAUUCGCUGAUUUGGACUCAGCAGUCAUAAAAAUCAUGGACAUACCUUAUAAUUACGACACAACAAUGCUUAUCAAACACCUCGCUAUUAAAACCGGCAGCAACAUCAUAGACCAAAAAGAGCUCAAAAAGCCACAAAGAAAAUUACCUAACCGCAACAAUCGCGGACGCCCAAUUUUCAUCAAACCUGCAUACAAACAACUAAUCGUACGCUUCGAUAAACAAUCUGCCUAUGACUAUUUCAUGAAAGAAAACUAUUGGAGCCUAGAAAUAGAAAAUUUCGUAGUAAGAAUUUUACCAGGCAAUCAAAACGAUCCCGAAUUUCAAAAACGCACCAGUAAAUAUUUUAAAAUUACUGGACUACCGCUUAACACCACUGCUACGGAUCUUGAUCCACUUAUCAAACACAUUUAUGGACGUACUUGUACGUUUACACAAACUACUCGAUACUCAACCAUGAAAAAUGCCUACAUAUACGUUUCACCAGAGAAUUAUCCUGAUAACGCAACGGGAGGAGCAUCAUCACAAUUAGCUAACCACACCAUCUUCAUCAUCCCAGGGCACAUAUCAGCCAAAACAUGCAACACUUGUGGAUCACCGUUACACAUUUCUCAAAACUGUGACGAUAAGAACUUCAAAACAACAAGUGACAACCGUAAACUCUAUAACAAAAGAUUCAUUGAUAGAAAAGAAGAAAAAAUCACAAUCCACGAAAACACCAGAAAUAGAUACAACCACGUGAUUUCCCUUAACUCCAACAAAAAUUCAAAUUCAUCUCAAACAAAUAACAAACGCUCAUCACCACAAACAGAUAACCGCUAUAAAAAACUACAACCUAAUAAUUUACAAUACCCCCGUCAAACAAGACACCCGUACAACAAAACACACAACAUAAAUGAUAUUAACAACUGGGACGAACCCUCCAUGUCUACCCCCAUAACCUGCAUCAAAAAUACGUCAAAUGAUGAGACAGACAAAAGAAUUACGGAACUUGAAAAACAAGUCCAAAGUCUCCUAAAAAAUAUUAAAUCUUUACAAGAAAGUAAAAUUACAACGGAUAAAUCGAUCGCGGACAUCCAUCACAACACUAACCUAAUGAACACAUCACUCACGAAAGUGAACAUACGACUAGACAAAUACGACACAAUCAUUGAACAUCUCACCACUAACAUCAAUUUACUUAGCAAGAAAGAAAUUUCAUCCACCCAAGAACGUCCUCGCAAAAUAUCCAAAAAAGCUACACCAUAUGAUCAAACUUCAUAUAGAUCAACCAAAUCCAAAUAUAACCUUAGAAAUAACAAAGAAUACAACAAUUCAGCCGAUGAUAGUGAAUUCGUUCCGGCAACAGAAGAUGACACUGACAUCCCUGAUGACAAUGCUAUGUCGGAUGGUGCCGUCUUUGAAGGCAUAAUUGACAAAACACUAGACGAACCCGUGAAAAAUGACACUUUCACCGUUAAAUCUUAUAACCCAUUGAACCUCCUCCCGAGCUUCAACGCGACACGUUAA